CGACGGCUUCCGUAUGAGUCAUUGUUUCGUUUUUCAUGACACUGAAAGCCGUAGAAGAUUCUGAAAGCACGAAAGUGGAAGCAGGGGGAGUCUAAGCAUGGCGAACGACAGAUUGCGAGCUUUGGAAGACGUGGAGAAGGAGAUCGCGGUUAUUUUGCAAUGCGCAGGAAAUAUUAUACUGGAACUGUCCAAGGAGAAGCACAAUGCUAGUCUACUUGACCGCCAGCUUGUUCAGUUCACUAGUGCUGUCAACAGGGUUGAAAGUGAGCUAAGCUCUCAAAUCCGCUAUCUGACGCAGGUGGCCACUGGACAGCCGCAUGAGGGCUCUACAUAUUCAGCACGCAAGGACUGCCAGAUGGCGCUAAACCGUGCCGAAUAUGCUCGCAUCAAGCUUGGGGAGCUGGGCCGAACCUGCGAGGUUUUGCUGGAUCCACAGACGUGAGAGAUGCGUCACAAUUCAGACUAACUAUAACUGCUAAAGGCAUUUCCUCUAUUUUCAUUUGUUUUGAGAGAGUGUGGAGUAUUUCAUUGCAACAUUUUCACUGGAAAGCGGGGCUGUGCGAUGGCUUUGAAAGCAGAGCGCAUUUCAGUGGGAAUUAUUUGAAAUGCAGGUAACACUCCUGUGCAGAAUCCUCCCAGAGAAGCACAAUGGCCAAUCCUCAAACCGCAAGAGAGACUUAAUGUUUUUUUUUUGACUAUGGAAGUGUGCUGGAACAGUGCUGAAUCAGCUUUUUCAAUGCUGAAUAAUGUUGCCAGUGUUGAAUUUUAAUGGAUGAAAUACACUCUGGUGCAUGCUGUUUAUGUUUCUACUAAAUAAAAAUAAUGAAUAUUCAAAUGCAGUUUUGUCCCAAUUAAACCUAAAGAGUUGUUACUAUAAUGGUUUAUCUUUUUGUUGGAUAAUCAUGACAUGAUACUAAAUAAUACACCUAAUGUAGUAAUUAUAUAGCAUAGAGUGGCAUAGAAGAUGCUUAUUACCUUAGUUCUUAGUAAUCGCUACCAUACCAUCAGGUAUGGUACCACACACUUGGAAAGUGGUACCGGAUAAGACAAUUGUGUACUCAUAAGUUAUAAAUAAAUUGUAACCUGUACCUUGGUUAGAAAAAGUGCAUGUUAACUGUUAACCACAUCCGCAGUUUUUAAACAGGUGUGGCAUUUUGAUUAAAAAUAAAACUACGAACAGUG